AUGGAGCAUAGGAGAAAAGGUGCGGUACGACAAGCAGUGGAAAGAGAGGAAAAGGGAGAUAAGAAGGAGAACAAGGCAUUUAAACAGUGGUGUAAACAAAGAAAGGAGAAGCAGGAAGAGGAAGAAAUGGAGAAAAUCAACAAAAUCAAAACAGAGCAAGAAGCAUGGAAAUAUAUAAAUAAACAUAGAAGAAGAAGAGAGGUUAUAGACGAAGAUAUAAGGGAAGAGAAGUGGAAAAAUUAUUUUAUGGAAAUGUUAGAAGGGAUAGAAAACCAAGAGGACAGAAGAGCAGAAGGGUGGAGAGUGGAGGAGGAAUUAAAGGAGGAGAGAGAAGAUGAUAUAGAGAAGGAAGAGGUGAUAUUCCAAAUAAGAAACUUGAAAGAGAAAAAAGCAACGGGAGGAGAUGGUUUGGAAAACGAGGUAUGGAAGUAUGCGCCGAAGGAAGUGGAGGGGGGCGUUAUGGGAGAUGUUAAGGAAAAUAUGGAAUGGAAAGGGGAUACCUGA